AUGGUCGUGCCAGUCACAACAACCCAGGCGCUGAUCCAGAAGAUCCUCUCCCUGACAGUCGCUUCGAAUUCGCGGGCUCCUGGGCACGCACUUCAGCCUGAGAAGAUGCUCAAGUUCGAGUUUGUAGGCACCGAUAAUGAGGCUUUAACAUACGAAGAAGUCGAGAUCGCGCUUCUGGGAUUGAUGAAGUACACAACAGUCUGGGAUUCGGGAUCCAAAAAUGACCAAGUUAGGAUGUGUACGUUCAGGCUGUUCUACGAAGACAACAAUUGGCCAUUUGCGGAAGGAUCGGUGAGGUUGACUGCAGAUUCUCUGGCGCACGCAAUGUAUACAUCAUGA